UGAAAACACUGCAUCAAAUCUCAAGCUCACUGUCUGUUCUUGAUUGUUGAACUCCAUCGUUCCAAUGGCUUCUUCAUCGAAAUCCACCGGGCCAUACGCGGUCUUCUUGAGUUUUAGAGGUACGGACGUGCGUAACAGCUUCGCUAGCCAUCUCUAUAACGCGCUAGUCUGGAAUGGAAUACACACUUUUCGAGAUAACGAAGAACUGAGGAAGGGGCAGGAUAUAUCGAUGGUCUUGAAAGCCAUCGAAGAAUCGCGCAUCGCAAUCAUCAUUUUCUCUGAGGAUUACACUUCCUCAUGGUGGUGCUUGGAAGAGGUGGCCAAGAUUAUGGAGUGCAAGAAUCAAAAAUACCUCACCGUUCUACCAGUGUUUUAUAAAGUGGCCCCAAGAGAAGUGAGAGAGGGGAGAGCGAGUUAUGCAACAGGCCUGGCUAAGCAUGAGUCUAAGCAUUCGGAGAAAAUGGAGAGAUGGAAGAGAGCUCUUUCGGACGCUGGUAACUUGAUCGGGUGGACUUUGAAUGAUGGAGAUGAUGAGUCGAAGCUUAUACAAGAUAUUGUGAAGAACAUCUCAACUCGCCUAAGCCAAACACCUUUAGAUGUCGCUGAGAAUCCGGUUGGGAUAGAGUCACGAGUGGCUGAGCUAAAAUCAAUGUUAAACCUUGAGUCUAAAGAUGAUGUUCUCAUGGUGGGAUUAUGGGGACAGGGAGGCAUUGGAAAGACAACAUUGGGGAAAGCCAUCAAUAAUGAUAUUUCCGAACAAUUUGACGGUUCAAGUUUUCUAGCAGGUGUUCGAGAAAAUUCAGAAGAUUGCAAGGGUUUAGUUACUUUGCAAGAACAAUUAUUGAACGAUAUAUUAUUACCGCACGAAAAGAUAGUGGUGCCCAAUGUCCACAGAGGCGUUAAGCUAAUACAAGAUAGACUCAGUAACAAAAGAGUUCUUGUCAUCCUUGAUGAUGUGGAUAACGAGGAACAGUUAAAUGCUUUAGCGGGAAAAGCCAAAUGGUUUGGUAGUGGGAGUAGGAUCCUCGUUACUACAAGAGAUAGGCAUUUUAUGACUCCCAAAUCAGGUUGGGAUCAUGUGUCCGUGUAUGAAGUUAAAGUGCUGGAUGACGGUGAAGCUCGUGAGCUACUUGGAAAGCAUGCUUUUCCAACAUACCAAAAAUUAGAAAGUAGGACAGAUUUGGUGCGUGGUUUUCUGAAUCAUGCUAAAGGCCUUCCUUUAGCACUUGUGGUGUUGGGUUGCUCAUUACGCAGUAAAACAGAAGAUGUAUGGGAAAGCAUACUAGAGGAACUUUCCAUGACUCCGAACAGAAUGAUUAAUAAUGUGCUCAGAGUGAGUUAUGAUGGACUAGAUGAAAAUGAGCAAGAGAUCUUUCUCCACAUUGCAUGCUUCUUUAAGGGGUGGGAAAGAGAGUAUGCAAAGAAAGUUCUCGACAGUUGCAAUCUUCGGACAACUGCAGCAUUAUGUACUCUUAUUGAGAGGUGCUUGAUAAGAAUUGAGUAUGGAAAGCUACAAAUGCAUGACUUGAUUCAAUUGAUGGGUAGGAAAAUUGUGAACCACGGCUAUCGAGAUGAUCCCGAAAAACGAAGUAGAUUGUGGCUCUAUGACGAUGUUCGCAAUGUUUUGCAACACAACAAGGGAGAUUGCAAUGUAAAAGCCAUAGUAUUGGAGCCACAUGAGCCAAUAGAGAUAUAUAUCGGUCUUGAUGCUUUUACAAAAAUGAGAAAAUUGAGAUUGCUCAUCUUGCGUAAUGUGCACAAUUCUUUCCAAGAUCCCGUGUGUUUUCCUAGUUGGCUAAGAUGGCUCGAGUGGCAUGGUUAUCCACAUAUUCCAGAAUUUUCCUCUGGCUCAAUGGAAAUAGUCGGACUUGAUAUGAGCAAAAGCAGUAUCGCGGCAGUGCCAGAACAAUUUAAGGAUUUCCGAAAUUUGAAGUACAUGAAUUUCGACUUCUGCAAGUCGUUGGUUCGCACGCCUGACAUAUCGUGGACUCCAAAUCUCGAGGAAUUGCAUCUGAAUUUUUGCAAAAACUUGGUAGAAGUACAUGAGUCCAUCGGAGAUCAUGGCAAGUUACAGGUCUUGGAUUUACAUAAUUGCUCUAAACUUAGUAUUUUUCCAAAAGUGCUCGAGGCAAAAAAUCUACGGGAACUCCAACUUGGAAAAUGCACAAAAUUAGAAAGGUUCCCUGAUGUUCCACAUAAAUUGGAAGGCAUAACAAAGCUUGAUCUUGAAGAGACCGCUAUUAAAGGACUUCCUGCAUCAAUAGAAAAUUUGGUCUCUUUGGAGGAAAUAAAAUUAGAUAAAUGCAAGAACUUGGUAAGUCUUCCGUCUAGCAUUUACAAGUUACAAAACCUUAAAUACUUGAUGGCUGAGUGUUGCACAAACUUAAUCGGGUUUCCAAAGUUUGAGGAUUCGGAUGAUCCCCGCAUGAAGACCGGACUUCCAAAUCUCGAGGAAUUGCAUCUGAAUUUUUGCGAAAACUUGGUGGAAGUACAUGAGUCCAUCGGAGAUCGUGGCAAGUUACAGGUCUUGGAUUUACGUAAUUGCUCUGAACUUAGUAUUUUUCCAAAAGUGCUCGAGGCAAAAAAUCUACGGGAACUCCAACUUGGAAAAUGCACAAAAUUAGAAAGGUUCCCUGAUGUUCCACAUAAAUUGGAAGGCAUAACAAAGCUUGAUCUUGAAGAGACCGCUAUUAAAGGGCUUCCUGCAUCAAUAGAAAAUUUGGUCUCUUUGGAGACACUAUCAUUAAAUGAAUGCAAGAAUCUGGUAAGCCUUCCGUCUAGCAUUUACAAGUUACAAAAACUUACAGUGUUGGACGCUACGUGUUGCACAAACUUAAUCGGGUUUCCAAAGUUUGAGGAUUCAGAUGAUCCCUGCAUGAAGACCGGACUUUCAAAUUUAUGGAUUUUGUAUCUUGAUGGAUGUAAUUUGACCGAAGUAGAGUUUCUCGAGAAUCUUUCCUGUUGUCCCAUCUUGAAAGAUUUAUUUCUGAGGAGGAAUAAUAUUAAGAGCCUUCCUACGUCCAUCAGUAAGCGUGAUGAUUUGUUCUUUUUGGAUGUUAGCGAAUGCCCUCAAUUACGAGAGAUUCCCGAGCUUCCACUGUUCUUGGGCACAUUAGAUGCGGAUAAUAGCGAAUCUCUGCAAAAAAGUGACUCAACUUUAAUUCAUCAUUUUGUCCGUAGAGGGUUGGCCAUGGCUGAUAGUUCUUCACCUGACCAGGUACCUCAUGAUUUGGAAAUUUUUCUCGAGGAAGGAGAGAUGCCAGAGUGGGUCCUCCCUGUUGAAGAGGGCUCCGUAUCUUUCAAGGCUUCAAAGGGCUUAUAUGAGAAGUUUCUUGGAUUGGCUUUUUGUUUCGAUGUUUGUCGAAGGGAAGAUCCUUCGCUCGAGGCCAAUGUUGAGAUUUUGCCAUAUGUUGAUGGCGAAAUGCGGAAAUGCAAACAAGUUAAGGAUACUUGUUUGAGGAGUCCGGAUUUUAUGUGGAUUUGGUAUUUCGUACCAUCUGACCUGUGGGAUGUAGUCGAUUUUGGUCAAAUUGAUGGGAAUUAUGUACAAUUCAGCCUUAGAGUGUCAACUGAAAAUGUGGAAAAGUGGGGACUCCGAAUAAUAUGCAAACCACUAGAGAAUGAUUUGAAGGCCGUACUUCGAAACAAUCGGCUAAUGGAUCCAGCUUUACUCCUCGAGGUUGUUCUCGAAUCGACAGAUUCAGAAGUCGAGAGCAAAGUUAGUUCGAUCAAGACAGAUAUAUUGAAGGACAUGGAAGAUUGUCAAAUGAGUAUUGAGAAGCACAAUCAAAUAGUAUCAAAGCGAAAUCAGAAGCUUAUGCUCCCUCAAGGCAAGCAAACCAAGACAAUGUCGACUUCCAAUUCAGCCGAUAGAGAUGAGAAUGGGAGUGCAGCAAGGCAUGCAGAGGCGGAAGCUCUUGAUGAUGUUCUUGAACAGCAGCAGAGGACUGGAUUUUCGGCUGCAGAAGGUGCAGAGGAGUCUUAA